AUGUGUCCAGAGCCAGUCUUGGAAAUGAAGAAGAACUCAUUGCCACAAACACAGCUAAUGUGGAACCUCCCCACAAUGACCACCACCCCCAUUACCAUCAGAGGCACCACUCUCCCACUACUCGAAGGAGCAUCUUCAGCUACUUCAACUGCUGUGUGA